UCUCCUAGGUUUCAAGGCGACUGCCGGGUGCGAAAGGAACCGCACACCCCUCAGAGGCGAAAGAAGCGUUUCAGACCCGAGAGGCGGACGGGAGCGCGGAGGGAGGAGGCUCGAGUCAGCCAGCCCCGGCGCUGCGCGCGCCGCCGCCCCUCACCGCGCGCGCCUCUGGCCGCCGCAAGCAAGGCCGGCGGGUGGCGCGCGAUCUUCGCGUCGCUCUGGGCCGGCGGCCGCGGCGCCGCGCUGGUGGGUGGGAUCGUGGCGGAGCGCCAGGCGCCCAAACAGGGGCGAGAAAGCGCCAUGGCGGCGGCGGCUGUGUCCGGUGCUCACGCCGCGGCGAGGUGAGGGGGCCGCCUCUUCUACACAACUGAGGAGGCCACAGCUGCCCGCCCACCCGCCUUCCACGCGGGCCGCGGCUCCGGCAUGGCCGGGAUCAUUAAGAAGCAGAUCCUGAAACACCUGUCCCGGUUCACUAAGAAUCUUUCCCCAGACAAAAUCAACCUGAGCACCCUGAAAGGGGAGGGUCAGCUGACCAACCUGGAGCUGGAUGAAGAGGUUCUACAGAAUGUACUGGAGCUGCCCACCUGGUUAGCCAUCACUCGGGUCUACUGCAACAGGGCCUCCAUCCGGAUCCAGUGGACAAAGUUGAAGACGCACCCUAUUUGCUUGUGUCUGGAUAAGGUAGAGGUGGAGAUGAAGACAUGUGAGGAUCCUCGGCCCCCCAAUGGACAGUCUCCCAUUGCCCUUGCUUCAGGACAGAGUGAAUAUGGCUUUGCCGAAAAGGUGGUGGAAGGGAUGUUCAUCAUUGUCAAUUCUAUCACCAUCAAGAUUCACUCCAAGGCCUUCCACGCUUCUUUUGAAUUGUGGCAGCUCCAGGGCUAUAGUGUCAACCCCAACUGGCAGCAGAGUGACCUUCGCCUUACCCGCAUCACUGACCCCCGCCGAGGAGAGGUUUUAACAUUUAAGGAACUAACUUGGCAAACACUCCGAAUUGAGGCAGAUGCUACAGACAAUGGUGAUCAGGACCCAGUCACCACUCCAUUGAGGCUUAUUACGAACCAAGGCAGGAUCCAAAUAGCCCUCAAAAGAAGAACCAAAGAUUGCAAUGUGAUAUCCUCCAAGCUGAUGUUCCUGUUGGAUGACCUGCUCUGGGUGCUAACUGACUCACAGCUCAAGGCUAUGAUGAAGUAUGCAGAGUCACUGAGUGAAGCCAUGGAGAAGUCAGCCCAGCAAAGAAAGAGCCUGGCCCCUGAACCUGUGCAGAUCACUCCACCAGCUCCCAGUGCCCAGCAGUCCUGGGCCCAGGCAUUUGGUGGCAGCCAGGGCAACAGCAACAGCAGCAGCAGCCGCCUCAGCCAGUACUUUGAGAAAUUUGAUGUGAAAGAGUCCUCCUACCAUCUGCUCAUCUCCCGCCUGGACCUGCACAUUUGUGAUGAUAGCCAGUCCCGAGAGCCAGGUGUCUCUGCCAACAGACUCAUGGGUGGUGCCAUGCAGCUUACCUUCCGCAAGAUGGCGUUUGACUAUUACCCUUUCCACUGGGCAGGUGAUAGCUGCAAACAUUGGGUACGCCACUGUGAAGCCAUGGAGACCCGAGGCCAGUGGGCCCAGAAGCUGGUGAUGGAAUUUCAGAGCAAAAUGGAGAAGUGGCAUGAAGAGACGGGUCUGAAACCACCCUGGCACCUUGGAGUAGACGCUCCCUUUCGGAGAAAAGCAGAUUCUCUUUCCAGUCCUCGAAAGAACCCUCUUGAGAGAAGCCCCUCUCAGGGCAGACAGCCUGCCUUUUGGCCUCCAGCAUGGAACCGCUUACGCUCUAGCUGCAUGGUGGUACGGGUGGAUGACCUGGACAUCCACCAGGUUUCCACCGCUGGACAGCCAAGUAAAAAGCCAUCUACACUCCUUUCCUGCAGUCGGAAACUUCACAACCUCCCUACCCAGGUCUCUGCCAUUCAUAUUGAGUUCACAGAGUAUUACUUCCCAGAUAAUCAGGAGCUUCCAGUUCCUUGUCCUAAUCUCUACAUUCAGUUAAAUGGUCUGACAUUUACUAUGGAUCCUGUUAGUUUGCUCUGGGGAAACCUCUUUUGCCUGGAUUUAUACCGCAGCUUGGAGCAGUUCAAAGCUAUCUACAAGCUGGAAGAUUCAAGUCAGAAAGAUGAACACUUGGACAUCCGACUAGAUGCAUUCUGGUUGAAGGUGAGCUUUCCACUGGAAAAGAGAGAGCGGGCAGAGUUGCAUCGUCCCCAGGCCCUUGUCUUCUCUGCGUCAGGCAUGAUUGCCACCAAUACACGUCAUGCUCCACACUGUAGUUGUUCAGACCUCCAGAGUCUCUUCCGGGGUUUUGCUGCUGCUGAGUUCUUUCAUUCCAAUUAUGAUCACUUUCCUAAGGUUCCAGGUGGCUUUAGCCUUCUGCACAUGCUUUUUUUGCAUCAUGCCUUUCAGAUGGAUUCCUGCCUGCCUCAGCCUAAUACCCUCCCUCCCCAGAGACCUAAGGCUUCCCGGGAUCUCUGGUCUGUCCACUUUACCCAGAUCUCCUUGGACUUUGAGGGAACAGAAAACUUCAAAGGCCAUACCUUGAAUUUUGUAGCCCCCUUCCCCCUGUCCAUUUGGGCCUGCCUACCCCUCCGCUGGCAGCAAGCCCAGGCACGGAAGCUUCUUUUGGCCUCAGAGGGGAGGCUGAAACCAUCAGCCAGUUUUGGAAGUCCUGUCCAGUCUGAGGCUCUUGCCCCUGACUCUAUGUCCCAUCAGCGGUCAAAGACUGAACAUGACUUGAAAAACUUAUCAGGACUUACAGAAGUCAUGGAAAUUCUGAAAGAAGGCAGUAGUGGUAUGGACAACAAAGGGCCUCUGACAGAGCUGGAGGAUGUAGCAGAUGUUCAUAUGCUUGUACAUUCCCCGGCCCAUGUCCGCGUGAGGCUUGACCACUACCAGUACUUGGCUCUGCUUCGCCUGAAGGAGGUGCUGCAGAGGCUUCAGGAGCAGCUGACUAAGGAUACAGAGUCAAUGACUGGGUCUCCCCUGCAGAACCAGACAGCUUGCAUUGGAGUUCUCUUUCCCAGUGCUGAGGUGGCUCUGCUUAUGCAUCCUGCCCCCGGUGCUGUCGAUGCUGACUCUGCAGGCUCAGAUAGCACUAGCCUCGUAGAUUCAGAGCUAUCUCCUUCAGAGGAUCGGGAACUGAAGUCUGAUGCCUCAUCAGACCAGGGCCCAGCAAGCCCUGAGAAGGUCUUGGAGGAAAGUAGCAUUGAAAAUCAGGAUGUAUCCCAGGAGAGGCCACAUAGCAAUGGAGAACUGCAGGACUCAGGUCCACUUGCCCAGCAGCUGGCAGGGAAGGGCCAUGAGGCAGUAGACUCCCUACAGGCCAAGAAACUGAGCAGAACCCAAGCCUCCAGCUCACCAGCUGCAUUGAAGCCCCCAGCUGGCAGGGAGACUGCUGUGAAUGGACAGGGUGAGCUCAUCCCCUUGAAGAACAUUGAGGGAGAAUUGUCAAGUGCUAUUCACAUGACCAAGGAUGCCACCAAGGAGGCUCUACAUGCCACCAUGGACCUCACCAAGGAAGCUGUGUCCCUGACUAAGGAUGCCUUCAGUUUGGGCAGAGAUCGAAUGACCUCCACCAUGCACAAGAUGUUGUCCCUGCCCCCAGCCAAGGAGCCCAUGGCCAAGACAGAUGAGGGGGUAGCAGCCCCAGUGAGUGGAGGUACUGCACGACUCCGAUUUUUCUCCAUGAAGAGGACAGUAUCUCAACAGUCAUUUGAUGGUGUCUCAUUGGAUAGCAGUGGCCCUGAAGACCGGAUUUCAGUGGACAGUGAUGGCAGUGAUAGCUUUGUGAUGCUCUUGGAGUCUGAGUCUGGUCCAGAAUCUGUUCCACCAGGAUCUCUUUCAAAUGUCUCAGAUAAUGCUGGUGUUCAAGGGAGCCCUCUUGUGAAUAAUUAUGGCCAGGGGUCACCAGCAGCCAACAGUUCAGUUUCACCCAGUGGAGAAGACCUCAUCUUUCAUCCGGUCUCAGUUCUGGUCCUGAAGGUGAAUGAGGUGUCUUUUGGGAUUGAGGUACGUGGUGAGGACCUGACUGUGGCCCUGCAAGCAGAGGAACUGACCCUCCAGCAGCUGGGCACCGUGGGACUCUGGCAGUUCCUGCGUGGACAGUGCCCAGGUACAUGCUUUCAGGAAUCCUCAACUUUGAAGACUGGCCACAUCAGGCCAGCUGUGGGCCUUCGCUUUGAGGUGGGGCCUGGAGCAGCUGUUCAUUCCCCACUGGCCUCACAAAAUGGCUUCCUACAUUUAUUGCUUCAUGGCUGUGACCUCGAGCUGCUCACUUCAGUGCUCAGUGGCCUGGGGCCCUUCUUGGAGGAUGAGGAGAUCCCGGUGGUAGUCCCCAUGCAGAUUGAGCUUCUGAACUCCAGCAUCACCCUAAAGGAUGAUAUCCCCCCCAUCUAUCCAACAUCUCCAGGCCCCAUCCCCAUCACUCUGGCCAUGGAACAUGUUGUGCUGAAGAGGAGUGAUGACGGUGUGUUCCACAUAGGCGCUGCUGCUCAGGACAAACCAUCAGCUGAAGUACCUAAAAGUGAGAAGAGACAGCCCCCAAAAGAACAGGUGUUUUUGGUGCCCACAGGAGAGGUUUUUGAACAGCAGGUGAAAGAACUGCCUAUCCUACAAAAAGAACUUAUAGAAACUAAACAAGCAUUGGCCAAUGCCAACCAGGAUAAAGAAAAACUUCUUCAGGAGAUUAGGAAAUAUAACCCCUUCUUUGAGCUCUGAAACCAGUGGCUCAGCCAUCUGUGCCAAGGAGAGAGGCUAUCACCAGCAAUAGCACCACCUAGGACAGAGGGCACUGUCCAGUGCUGAAUAAGUCACUACGGAUGCCAGAGGGACUGGGGAGCACUCACUUCACUUGUGUGGGUGUGCUUUCCACUAGCUGUUCUUACUUGGACUGAGGACAAGGGCAAAGCAUGAUUGUAUCCCAGGAAACUGGGGCUUGCCCUGUGUGUGGCACAAGCAUCAUGUCUUGCCUGUAUAAAGCCUUUUGGUCCUCUGUGUACUAGGUGGAAUCUUCUCAACACUGUAGGGCCAUUUCACCUCAUGGUUUCAUGGCAGGGACAUUUGCUUCCUUCACAGGCCUGUGUGAACAAGCAAAAGUACCCACCUCCUCGGUCACCCACAGAGCCACCAAAGAUUCCAUGUCCCAGAGCUUCCCAUAGCAGACCUGAAAAGUCCAUGACCUGAGCUUUGGCCAUGGUAGUGGAGUGGAACAGGAAAUAGUCCAGCAGAGGAGUGUGGGGGAAGAGGGCAGGAGAGGCACAAGAAUAAGGGAGACCUGGACUCUGCCUUUUUGGGAAAAGGAACCAAGCUCAUAGCAAUUUGGCUGAUAACACAAUCAGAUUUUUCCAGGUUAAGCUUCCUUUCUGUUAUACUUUCAUCAUUGUGAUGCUGUGGUAGAAAGUAAACAACAGUAGUGGCUCAGUCAUUUAAUCUUUCCCCUCUAUAAUACAACUUACUUGAAAUUUAAAUAAAAAAAAAAUUUCUGAUGCUGAGCUAGGUUGGUGGCAUGAUAUGCCAGGGGUCAGUGGGGGAGCUUGCUUCUGAGCCCCCUGUUGUCCGCCUGGAGUCCUGCUUGUCUUUCCCAUCUGUGCUGAGUGGCUCUUCUGUCUCCCUGGGGUCCCUGGCACAUCUGCUUUCCCAGUUCUGUGACCUUACCAGUUCUCUCCUCAGCCCUUGGUGGUUUGGGAGCUGAAUAUAUGUUUUAAACUUUUACAUAAACAACUCAACCUGUUGCCUCUCACUUCCCUCCAUCACUGUGGCUUUUAAAACUCAUGUAUUUUGACUCAAGUAAAAAAAACACAAAAAUCCCUCAUCCCAGCUAGGUUUUGCUCCCUGCCCUAUACAAGAGCUAUUUCCCCCUUUCUUUCCUUUGAAUUCUUCUCCAACGCUAUCCCUUCAUUCAUACUGCCCUGUGAUACACUUGAAGCUGUGUUGAUUGGACAGACGUUCAUCAGCUAACUUACCUUUACUUGGCAAGAUGGUAAAAUAGUAACUUAGUGAUGUUACUAAAGUCUCGACCAUUCACCUUUCCAUACUGAAGGAAAGGUAAAAAGGUUUCUUCUAUGGGAAAUUAUGCUUGACUUGCAUACUCUAGUUUGAUGAGGAUAAAAAGAAACAUGUAAUUGCAGUGGUGUUUACAACUAAUUGAUCACAACCAAUCAUAGAUUUCUUUGUUCCUUCUCCACUCUCAACACUUCAUUUGACUAGAAAAAAAAAAUGUAUUCACCAAGGAACAGGACCCAAUUUGUUCAGACUUUUGUUAAGUUUCUUUACUAAGGCAAUUUUUGAAACACCAGUUACUAUGGGAUGGUGGGAAUUUUUCAUGCUUAAGAAAUAGAGACUUAGGAACAAAGAAACAUCUUUCUGGAGAAAAUGCUAAUGGGAAGUUACCUAAGGCUUGAUGCUUGGUUCAACCUUAUUUAAAAUUUUUAUAAAUGACCUGAAAGUAGGAUUUUACAGUGAAAUCAAAUGUCACUACUUCCAGGCAGUGAAAGGUAGUCUAGAAGAGGUUUAAAAAACACAAAACCGGUCGGGCACAGCGGCUCAUGCCUGUAAUCCCAGCACUUUGGGAGGCCGAGGCGGGGAGAUCACGAGUUCAGGAGAUCGAGACCAUCCUGGCCAACAUGGUGAAACUUUGUUUCCACUAAAAAUACAAAAAUUAGCUGGGUGUGGUGGUGGGUGCCUGUAGUUCCAGCUACUCGGGAGGCUGAAGCAGGAGAAUCGCUUGAACCCGGGAGGCAGAGGUUGCAGUGAGCCGAAAUAGCGCCAUUGCACUGCAGCCUGGCAACAGAGUGAGACUCCGUCUCAAAACAAACAAACACAAAACCACAGAAGGGUUACUAAUAAGCAGGGCUGAGAAUACUCAGAAAACUGACAGGUGAGGUUCAACAUAAUAUAAGGAAAUGUAUUUAUGGAAGAAUUAUCAACUGAUAUGCCUGAACACUGUUAGAACUCAGGAAAGAAACAAGCAUUGCUGAGGGGGAGGAGAGAUCAAUGUGCUGCUGUGGCCAAAAGCCUAAUUGCCCUGUGGGCAUCAUCAGGAAGGGCUUUUGGCGAUAACGGAGAACAGCACUUUAUACAAAACCAUGGAUAUGUCUUGAUCGGAUUAUCUGUGUUUCUAGUGACCUUAUUUACAAGAUAUAAAGGGAGGAAAGGUCCAGAGAACAGCCAAAAUUAUCAGGGGAUGGAGGUAUAUCCAUAUGAGGACACAUCUUUAAAAUAUAGACUCUAACCUGCAAAGAUGAAAGCAGAGGGGAGUUAGAUCAAAUAUCCAAUCAAGAGCAAGGACCCGGUCCUGUACUACUAGCUCUAGGGCUCUAUCUCAUAGCCUUAGUAAAGAAAGCACUUCUCAUAGCAAAUCAGAAAUGUAAGGAGCUCAUUGUCUAAGAAGGGAUGCCACCAGAAACUAUACAUGGGUGCAGGUUUAUGAGGAAUCCUUGCAUGACGGCCUUCUACAAGGAAUUAUAGAAAAGUAGGGCUACUUGGUAAUAUACAACUGAGAGGGUAACUGUGUCCCUCAACAAACUACUCCUUAGUGCCUCUUUCAAAGGCAGAAUGUUGAUCUGAAUGGAUCACUGGUCAAGUAUGGCAUCUCUAAUGUUCUUGAAGGGGGAGGAAGGAGAUCUGGUAGCUGGAAAAUAUAAUUAUUCCACCUUAGGCUCACCUGAAUUGGUUUAAAAUCAUAUUCUGAUUCUCUUCUCAUCCCUUCCUGCCCUCACCCACCAUAUACCUCUGGCAUCCCUCCAUGCAAAGAAAAUGUCGAACAGGCAUUUCUUGGUAUACUUUACCUACACUUGUGCUUGUGGGGUGGGAGUAAAAACAUAUCCAGUAAGUACCAAGGCUAACCUCCUAAUGGCUGGAGCUCAGUUAGGUCUCUGGGCUCUCUAAAGGAGUCCAGAGCUCUUGUCCAUGUGACAAAUGGAGCCUUAGAAUUUCUGGCUUUCCUUAUGUGGCAGCUUUGGCCAUUGUGUCUUGAAAUUCUCCCUCAGGAAAUGUGAUAGGGGAUAUUAUCCCAUGGGAUUUUAGUAAAAAUCAGCUUGCCUAAUUUCAUAUUCCUGUUCAUAAUGAAGAAAUGCGAAGCAGUGGUAGUCCUCAGGAUUAAGUGUAAAGGAAAAUAUGCAAGGAAAAAGUAGCAGUGUCAGCCCUUUUGGACUGCUUAUGAUUUCUGCCUUAGAGCUACAAGACUUGGAACAAGAAAUAACAAUACCUCAAGAAAAUGUCUGGAGAGAUAGCACCACUGUCCCUCAAAGACUUCAGCCACUGCACAUUACCCAUUCAGCUGUGAAGCAUUUACAACUGUAUUAUCUGUGAUUGUCUGCAUUUCCUGUUUACAUGCAUGUGCUGGGGAUAUGCUUUAGUGUGUAUGGACUAGAGUUUAAAUCCUGUCUUUAACUGGGCUGCAAGGAUGGCUGUCAAUCCCAAAUUCUGUUUUCAACUCACUGGAAUAAUUAAUCUAGUGUUCCUGAUAUAAAACAGGUGGGUUCUAUUCACAUGAUGGCUGCUCUUUACCAUAUAUUUCAUCUGACCCUCAUUUUGCCGUGGGCCUCAACCUUUAUGUCUGCUUUUUAUGGUUCUGAAAGGACUGGCUCCCGUGUGUGGAAUAUACAAGGUAUAAACACCACCCCUCACAUACCCCUGUAACUUAAAUGCUUCCAUUUAACUCACUUAGAUUACUUUCCCCUUAGUGGUAAAUGGGUUGGGGGAUGGGUGGUAGUGCAAAGAAGGUAGUUUGAAAUAUUGCCAUAGUAAUAUGGGAACUUUUUAUUCCAAACCUUUACCCUAGCUUUUUUUUCUCUCAAUAUUUGCCUAAACUUCUAAAAUGAGUUACAGUAAAAUCAUAAAACUAUGGAAACAACUGCACUUUGGUACACAAGUUAGUUCGAUGACAUCUUGUUAUUUGAGAACAGUAAAAGGUGUGUCAUUGCCUCAUGAUUUAUCAUAGUCAUUACUAAGGGUUUCAGAGAGAAUCUGGUGUGAAGCUCUAUCCUUUCAGACACUAAGGCCUUUACCUAGUUGCUCCCCUACCUUCUGUCAGAAUAGGAUUAUUCCCAUGCACCUCUGGGUAGGUAUAGGUAGUAGCUAUUGAACGGGGAUUAUUUUCCCCAUGGCACAAGGGGAAACACUCUUGGAUAACCUUCAACAAUGAGGCUUUGCUAAGUGGCCAGACUUGGGAUUUGAUCUUCCUCACUUGUUAUUUAUUAAGUUUAAGCCUUAUUCAGUAUCUCUAAUUGCAAUAGAUAUAGUUCCUGUGACUUCUAAAAAAAAUUCCUGUUAAUGCUGAGAAAGUAUCUUUUUUGUCAGUUUAUUAAUUUUUGGUCAAGAUUUAGCCUGAGUCUUAAAGCAUUUAUUUGUGAAAUGCCCCAAUGAAGUGUCUUCUCCAUUGGCUAAGUACAUGUUUAAAGCCAUGGGUUUUAAUGUAAGAUACUUUUAGUAUCUAAUUCUGUUUCCCCCACUGAGGGUGCUAAAGAGAAUUAGAAUCUUUACUAAGACAUGCUCAGGAAAGCUUCACGAGAGAACAGCUUCAAAAUCCUUCUCCCUAUGACACUGAAUGGUAGUGAGGAAAGAAUUCUUGGGGAUGCCAAUUACAUUCAAUAGCCUUAUUACUGCUAAUCACUGUCAAUAAAAGGUCACUUCAUUCACCUCUAUUUGAGGAAAACAAUGAGAAUGUAUCUGAUGAACUAGAAUCCUUGUCAGUAUUGGGAAAUUUUAAUGUUGCAAUAUCUAGUCAAACUUCGAGUGUACUGGUUCUGUGAACCACCUGAAAAAAACAAAUUAAAUGUAUUAAACCAUAA